CCCUUUAAGUCAUCAAAUUCGAGCCCUAAUCUAGAGCAAAAUCGAAAAAAGCUAUGAGCUUGAAAAAGGAAUUUAUCUAUCUAUUCUUUAAUUUUUGGAGUUUUUGAGAGAUCAGUGGAAAUGGGAGUUCCAGCCUUUUAUAGAUGGUUGGCAGAGAAGUAUCCAUUAGUAGUAGUAGAUGUUAAUGAAGAAGAAGCAGUUGAAAUUGGUGGCAUUAGAAUACCAAUUGAUACUAGUAAACCUAAUCCUAACAAUAUCGAAUAUGAUAAUUUAUACCUUGAUAUGAAUGGAAUUAUUCAUCCUUGUUUUCAUCCAGAAGAUCGGCCCGCUCCAACAACUUUUGAGGAGGUCUUUCAGUGCAUGUUUGAUUACAUUGACAGGCUUUUUGUGAUGGUUCGACCACGAAAGCUUCUCUAUAUGGCUAUUGAUGGUGUUGCUCCAAGAGCUAAAAUGAACCAGCAACGUUCUAGGCGUUUCAGAUCAGCUAAAGAUGCAGCAGAAGCAGCAGCAGAGGAAGAACGCCUGCGAAAGGAAUUUGAAACGGAAGGAAGAAUGCUUCCUCCUAAACAGGAGUCUCAAGUAUUUGACUCGAAUGUCAUCACUCCUGGAACUGAAUUCAUGGCUGUGUUGUCAAUUGCCCUGCAAUAUUAUGUUCAUCUUCGACUGAACAAUGACCCUGGUUGGAGGUCCAUUAAGGUUGUCCUUUCUGAUGCAAAUGUACCUGGUGAAGGGGAACACAAAAUAAUGUCAUACAUCCGUCUCCAAAGAAAUCUUCCUGGUUAUGAUGCCAAUACACGUCAUUGCUUGUAUGGUUUGGAUGCAGAUUUAAUUAUGUUGGCUUUGGCUACUCAUGAAGUGCAUUUCUCUAUACUUAGGGAGGUUGUUUUCACUGCACAACAAGACAAAUGCUUCCUGUGCGGUCAGAUGGGUCAUCUAGCGGCAGACUGCGAAGGGAAAGUAAAGAGAAAAUCUGGUGAAUUUGACGAGAAAGAUGAAGCUGCAGCUGUUGCUAAAAAGCCUUACCAGUUUCUCAACAUAUGGAUUCUUAGAGAGUACUUGGAACUGGAAAUGAGGAUGACGAAACCUCCAUUUGAGAUUGAUUUUGAAUGCAUUGUCGACGAUUUCGUCUUCCUUUGCUUCUUUGUUGGUAAUGAUUUCCUGCCUCAUAUGCCAACUCUGGAAAUUCGUGAGGGUGCCAUCAACUUGCUGAUUGCUGUAUACAAAAAGGAAUUUGAGUCAAUGGGGGGAUACUUGACAGAUGGAUGCAAGCCGAAUCUUAGCAGGGUCGAGCACUUCAUUCAAGCUGUCGGAUCCUACGAAGAUGAGAUUUUCCAGAAAAGAGCGCGAUUGCAUCAGCGCCAGAGUGAUAGAAUCAAGCGUGAAAAGGCACAAGCAAGAAGAGGCGACGAUGCAGAACCUCAGUUCAAACCUGAAUCUUUAGUCCCUGUUGCCCGUUAUCAUGGUUCUCGUCUGGCUUCUGCCGCCACACCUUCUCCAUUUCAAAAGACAGGAUCUAAUUCGAUAUCAGCGAAAUCCACGUCUGUUACAAAAGAAAGUGAGAUUAGGCAAGCAACAACAAGUUUCUCAGUUUUGGACAUUAAAAGCCAGCACUCUGAAGCAUCUAAUGCAAGUGAAAUUCAUUUGAGAGCUCCAAAAGUUCCCCGCAUUUCUUCAGGGGCAACAAUCGGUGCUGCCAUUGUUGAGGCUGAGAACAGUCUCGAGACAGAAAUAAGUGAAAACAAAGACGAAUUAAAAACAAAGCUAAAGGAGGUGCUUCGUGAGAAGUCGGACCUUUUUAACUGUGACAAACAGGAGGAGGAUAAGAUAAAGCUGGGAGAAUCAGGGUGGAAAGAAAGGUACUAUAAAGAGAAGUUUUCUGCAAACACUCUAGAUGAAAUUGAAACUAUACGAAAGGAAGUUGUUCUAAAAUACACAGAAGGUUUGUGCUGGGUUAUGCACUACUAUUAUGAGGGAGUUUGCUCUUGGGAGUGGUUUUAUCCAUAUCACUAUGCGCCCUUUGCCUCUGAUUUGAAGGAUCUUGAUCAGCUGAAUAUAAGUUUCGAACUAGGUUCGCCAUUCAAACCGUUCAGUCAGCUGUUGGCUGUGUUUCCAGCUGCAAGUGCUCAUGCGCUACCUAAGCACUAUAGGAAACUGAUGACCGAUCCGGCAUCUCCUAUUAUUGAUUUUUAUCCUACAGAUUUUGAGGUGGACAUGAAUGGAAAGCGGUUUGCUUGGCAGGGUAUUGCAAAAUUACCUUUUAUUGAUCAAGAUCGCCUUCUUGCUGAGGUUGAAAAAGUGGAACAUACAUUAACGGAAGAAGAAGUGCGUAGGAACAGUGUAAUGAUUGACAUGAUUUUUGUGACGCUAUCUCACCCUCUCUCUCCGUAUAUAUUUUCUCUGAACGAUCGUUGUAAGCAGUUAUCUGACAAAGAACGUAUUGAAUCUAAAGAAAUAAUUGACCCGAAGGCCAGUGGUGGAAUGAAUGGAUAUCUAUCCCUUUGUCGUGGAGAUCCUUGCCCUACCAUCUUUCGCGCUCCUAUUGCAGGAAUGGACGAUAUUUUGAACAAUCAAGUGAUAUGUGCCAUAUACAGACUUCCAGAUUCACACAAGCACAUAACUCGACCUCCAGCUGGGGUUAUUUUCCCAAACAAGAUUGUUUCAGCUACAGAUUUGAAGCCACCUCCUGCUUUGUGGCAUGAAGAUAAUGGGAGAAAACCAUGGCAUGAUGAUAAUGGGAGGAAACCAUGGCAUGACAAUACUGGAAGGAAUUCACUUCAUGAUGAUAGGGGUCAGAAACAGUGGCAUGGAGAUAAUGGGAGGAAACCAUGGGAAAGUGGAAGGCAAAACCCACCCGGAACUGUUUCUGGUAGAGAACUUGGUGAAGCAGCACGGCGUCUCGUUGUCAACAGCCUUCAGUUACCAAGGGAGGUACAAAUGCAUGCAGUUCCACCACCAUAUAAUAAUGGAACAGCUCAUUACACGAAAGGUAGGGGAUAUCAUCAUGGUCAAAGAAAUGUUAGACCAGCACCAGUACCAGUACCAUUACCAGUACUACUACCACCAGUCUACCCUUCUCGUACAAUAAGACCUAUUCCAAAUCAACCGGUCCACGGAUAUGGGAACCCAUAUGCUUCUGUACCUGCCAACCUUGCAUAUGAUCAAAACCUACAAAGGCCAUCCUAUCCUCCAUAUGCAGCAACAACCAACACGAGAGGGCAGCAUCAUCCAAGGAUGUAUCGUGGUAGUGGUUUCCAACAGUCGGCAGGCUCACCAAUUCCAGAUGCUAAUAUGCUUCACUAUCCUCCUAGAAAUGCACCCCCAGUAACAGUUGGGGUUCAUGUUCACCACCAAAGGGAUAGUGGAUCCUACAACCAUGGGGCCACUCAACGACCGUAUGGAGUUAGUGGUAAUGGUCAUCAUCACCAUAAUCGUCAUCCACAGCAGCAACAGCAGCCAAGGGGACGCGUGUGGGUUCCUGUAGCAAAUCAAAGUAGUGUAGGCAGAGGUUCCAGUCAACCUCAACAAUCAUCAGGUAAUAGAUUUUCAGGUUCAGGUAGAGGUACCAAUAAAAGGCCACCGCCGCCCCACCCUGUGCAAGAUAGCUAAUUAAUUUUUGUUACCCUUAGUGUCUUAUAGGUGCCAUGAGAUUAGUGUGAAAUCUUGUAGUAAUUUUUUUUUUUGGUAAAUUAUAAAAUCUUCUUACCAAAUGAAAACCAAAGAUACAACCGAAGUUACAUCAAAACAUCAAAAAGACCACUACUCUGAAACUCAAGAGAAUCGAAAAAGAAGGCCUAGAAGAGUAAGUAGCUCUCAUUCUCUGGAACAACUUCAUUAUUUACUUCACUUGCUUGCCUUCUAGUGACAGUUUGAGAUUUUGUCACUUAAGUAACUUUAACAGGUUGACUUUUUGUUUAUUCAAUACUAACUCCCUUAGCUUGCUUGCUUUCCAAAAAUGGUUCAGUGUGAAAUCUUGUACAUCAUUAAUGUUAUAAACCUCAAUCAGAUUUGAAGUUCAAUUUCUUGAA